GCUCCAGCUGAUGUGACAGUGCUUUGGUUUGGGCACCACAGUCCUGCCUUCCUGCCCUGAAGCCCUCUGAUCCACCAUGGGGAAUGAGAACAGCGUCAUCGAGACUGAAGCACCGGCUGAAGUCCACGCCGAUAGAAUCGACCAGAACGGAGAAAACAACACAGCAGAUAACAUAGUGGUCUGUACCAAGCCUCCAGCCUCAACCACAGAACAAGGGGUCGACCCCUUACAGGACGUCCCAGGGAGGAACACUGAGGAAGAGGAGGAGAAGAGGAGGAGAGAUGAAGACGAGGAUCUAGAGUUCCCUCACGACUUCCUGCCCAGCACAGACCUCAGCCUUGAACUCCACUGGGGGACUUCACUUGGAACAGAGAUUAAGAGUGAUCAGGAGAGCCUGAGUGACUCAGUGAGCCCCCUGCUGGCUGGUCUGCAACAUCACAUGGACGGCAGCACACAACUGGUGGCUGUGCAGAAGAGGCAUCCCGGCCAUGCUGACCUAGUUCCCACAGACAUCCGUACCCCUCCUUCCCCCAAACCUACUGCCAAGCCCAUGGAGGGUGCCUUAUCCCCACCCCUUCUGCCCCCGUCUCCAGCUCUGUCCCUGGAGAGGGUCCCAGCCCUGCCGAUUGCCCCGCCCGUUGAAGGUGCCCCAUUCCUGUGCCCACCCCUCCCAGCACUAUCUUCCCUACCGUUGUCCCAAGCCCAGUCUACUAGUAUGCCCAUGCAGAGUGCUCCACCUCUCACACCCCUGUCCCCUGCCAUGCUGCUUGAGCAGGAGCUGCUCCAGGCCUUCCAGGAAUACGAGGAAGAAAUGGCCUCUCUGAGCAUACCAGACCUCCGUGUCUCUGAGGCCAGUGGUCAAUGCCCACCUGUGGGCCUUCUGCCCAAAUAUUCAGUCCACUAUGAGGAAGAGGAAGGAAGAAGGGAUACGGGAGGAGGAGUGACUGUUACUGUUCCCAAGGACGCAGAGUCAUCUUCUCCAUCGCCACGGAUACGACCACCACCUCCCCUACUUGUGAUCCAACCAGGAUACCGCGGCAACGACAACAACGACAACGGUGAAAAUGGCAACGAGGAAGCACAGUGUGGAAACAGUGACACAUCAACAAGUCAGAGGGUCACAGCCUAUACCGAAGGGUUCAGUUUCAGAAGUUACCUUCUGGGAAAUAAUAAGAAACCAGUUGAAGAGAGCGCAGCCAAAGAGGCUGAACAAGAGGAAAGCACAUUACAACUGUUUGAGAGAAUGGCUAGAGAGGCAGAGGCAGAGAUUCACUCCAAAAAAAAGGCAGAUGCACUGAAGGAAACAGACACUCAGAUGCAAUUGGACUCGACAACAGAUGCAGAUGUAUUUAAAGAGACCCUGAUAAGUCCAGAGUCUGUGGAGCAGAGAGAGCAGGCAGAGAGAGCAGAGCUACUGAUAGGUCUAGCAGUAGGGUCUAAAACAGACCAGCUGACAGCACAAAACACCUCAGAAGAGACUAAGGCAGACUCACAGGCACAGUCCAAGCAGGCUGAGUCAAAGCAGGCACAGUCCAAGCAGGCUGAGUCAAAGCAGGCACAGUCCAAGCAGGCUGAGUCCAAGCAGGCUGAGUCCAAGCAGGCUGAGACCAAGCAGUCUGAGUCCAAGCAGGCUGAGUCCAAGCAGGCACAGUCCAAGCAGACUGAGUCCAAGCAGGCUGAGUCCAAGCAGGCUGAGUCCAAGCAGGCUGAGUCCAAGCAGGCACAGUCCAAGCAGGCACAGUCCAAGCAGGCUGAGACCAAGCAGGCUGAGUCCAAGCAGGCUGAGUCCAAGCAGGCACAGUCCAAGCAGGCACAGUCCAAGCAGGCUGACUCACAGGCUGAGUCCAAGCAGGCUGAGUCCAAGCAGGCACAGUCCAAGCAGGCUGAGUCCAAGCAGGCUGAGUCCAAGCAGAUAGAGUCAACACUACAUUAUGAUAUCAAGUUAGGCAUGGAGAAAAAGACAAACUCACAGAAAAAGAGGAGGAAAAAGAAAACAGGCAAAGUCUCAGAGUCACAGCUAGAGUCAAAGAGAGAGACACAGACAGAGUCAAAGCUAGAGUCAAAGAGAGAGACACAGACAGAGACAAAUACAGAGCCUGGCCCUUACCCAGGCCCAACCCAGCUACAGCCCCCCAGCCACCGUCCAGGCUGGUUCACCUGCCCCCAGUCUGGCCCCAACCCAGACCCAACCCAGCUCCAGCCCCUCAGCCACAGUCCAGGCUGGUUCACCUGCCCCCAGUCUAGCCCCAACCCUACCCAAGGAGCCUCAGCAAUCUGCAGACCACCCCCAGACAGGUCGUUCCUUCUCUCUGACUAA